GUAAGUUGUUUUAGGGUUUUCUUCUUUCACUAUAACACCGCCACUCGUCCUUUGGAUAACACAGUAAUGACAGAUCUCUCUGCUGAUCGCAGCCUCUAAUCUCUCUACCUCCGUUAUCGCCGAUCAGCCUUCUUUGCCUUACAUUGCUUUCGCCUGUUAUGUCCAACAAUGUCUUGCCUCAGCCUUUGCCUGUUAGUACACAAAUGGGUCCAUGCGUUGGUGUGUCUACUCCGGAAGUGAGAUUCUUGUCAGAACCAAACUGUAACUAUCAAGAAGCUCAGAUCUCUGUGAGGCAGGAUUGUAAUGUAAUGAUGCAGUCAUCGUUUGUGCCUAAUGGUGCUAUUGUAGGAUCCGUGGAUACAGCCCAGUUACAUGGUAAGCGAAAGACACUGUCGCAGGCUAUGUCUCAUCCUCAACCAUUGGCUGUGCAAAAUAAACGGAUGGUACCGAACCGAGCAUGUACGUCUGAGCUAAAUAAAGGUCCCAAGUCGGUGCAGUCAGCUCCUAAAACACAGUAUUUGCCUGCUUCAUCAUUUCUUACUUCUUCUUGUAAUAAACCUGGGAAGCCAACUACAACGAGGAAACAAGUUUCACAGCCGCUGAAACCUCAGAACGAGUCUUGUAAUAUUGUGAGGUCUAAAAUGAGAGAAUCGUUAGCAAGUGCACUGGCAAUGGUGAAGUGCCAAAAGGAAGCUACCAAGGAGUCAGAAAGGACUUUAACUAAUUCUGUGGAAGGUCUUGUUAGUGAGCCAGAGUCAGCCGCUUCUGGAGUUGAUGUGAUGGUGUCUAUUGGGAGCCUCAAUGUUCAGACAGUGUUACCGGAGAUUUUGACCAUCGCCAAGACAAGUGAUACCGAAGACUUUACUGCACAAGAGCCCUUUCCGAAAGCCAAUGUUUCAUAUACCGACAGUGAGUUUACAAAAGAUUAUCUUUUGCAAGGGAAUGAUGACCUCUCUUGGGCUCUUGAGUCAGAUAUAGAGUUCACAGAAAAUUGUCAAAAUGAAAUGAUUGGAGCAAAGGCUAAUGUGAGUCAGGAAAAGUUGUUGCUGGAUCCAAAAGUUUUGGCGUUUAAAAUAGAAGCAGAGCUCUUCAAGUUAUUUGGCGGUGUGAAUAAGAAGUACAAAGAGAAAGGAAGGUCACUCUUAUUCAAUUUGAAAGACAAGAGUAAUCCUAAGCUCAGGGAAAAGGUUAUGUACGGAGAAAUUGCAGCAGAGCGGUUGUGUUCAAUGUCAGCUGAGGAGCUUGCUUCAAAGGAAUUGGCAGAGUGGCGGCAAGCCAAAGCAGAAGAGAUGGCUCAGAUGGUUGUUCUUCAGGACACAGAGGUGGAUAUCAGAAGCUUGGUGAGGAAAACACACAAAGGAGAGUUCCAAGUGGAAGUCGAGCCAAUGGAUAGUGGCUCAGUGGAGAUCUCUGUGGGAUCGAGUUCGCUUAACUGGUCUCGACCAAAGAAUAUCAAGAAGAAAAAACUUGGUGGAGUCAAGAAUGAGUUGAACAACUCUAGUGGGGGCCCUGCGCUAAUUAACGGUGUCAGGGUAGAUGAUGUGAUGCAGGCUGCAACUGGAUCUCUUCCUCCAAUUGUUUCUCUUGAUGAAUUCAUGUCAUCCAUAGAUUCAGAAUCUCCAUCUGAGUCUUCAGACAUUGGGAAAGGACCUUUCGUUUCAGAUUAUAAUGAUGCAGAGGCUAAUAAUGAUCUUGGUACGUCACCAGUUAAGGCUAAGAGUGAUGACUUAGUAUCCUCAAUGCCUCAUUCUGAUUUGAAAUCUGUUUCCAUACCUGCGGGUGAACGUCUAUGGGAAGGUGCACUCCAGUUGAGUGUUUCUUCUGUGAUCUCUGUCAUCGGCAUUCUGAAAAGUGGCGAAAAGACUACUACAGAAGAGUGGCCUAUGUUGCUUGAGAUCAAGGGUAGAGUCCGAUUAGAUGCAUUUGAGAAGUUUGUUCGAGAGCUCCCAAAUUCCAGGAGUCGUGCUGUAAUGUUUAUGUGUUUCGUCUGCAAAGAAGAGUGCUCCAAGACAGAACAAGAAACCAUUUCUGAGGUGGUGGAUUCAUACUGUAAAGAUGAGAGAGUGGGUUUCGCUGAACCGGUUUCAGGAGUUGAGCUUUACCUUUGCCCAACACGUGGCAGCAGAACCACCGAGAUUUUAAGCAAUAUUGUUCCAAGAAACCAACUAGAUUUCUUGAAGUCUUUAGAUGAUGAUGGUCUUAUAGGUGUUGUUGUAUGGAGAAGACCACAAUUAAAAAAACCACCACUAUCUUACUCUCAUCACAAGAACCACGGUUCUUCGUUAACUACACUUAAUACGUCUCGUUACGGUAACAUGCCACAGGUCAACAACCAUGAUGAUGGUGGUGAUGUGCCGCCGGGGUUUGGUCCAAUGGCCGUGGCUAGGGAUGAUGAUGAUGACUUGCCUGAAUUUAACUAUUUGUCUCGUGGAGAUGUUGUCAUGAACCGGACUAGCCGGUCCGAUUCUGUAAGAGAUCUAAUUCAUAAAUAUGGAAAAUCUGAACCUUUGUGGAAUCAAGGUUAUAAUAAUAAUUGCGACAAUGGCAUACUACCAGAAUGGAAGUCUCAACCAAACCCAGCGAACGUAAAUGGUGGCUCAAUGGUUAGACCACGUAGUGAGUGGUGGACUCAUCAGGCUGGAGGGUAUUAAAUGACUUCUUAUCCAAAUUUUGAAACUUUGUUUGUUUCUUUUGUAAUGUAGAUGCUCCUUAAAACUGAGUGCUUUUAAUUUUUAUCAAGAUCUUUGAAUUUUGCGUU